AUGACCAAAGAAUUUACUGCACUGAUUGAAGGAUUUGUGCUUUGCACAAAUACUGAAACAAAUGUGUUCCCUUCGGAUGUCUUACUGAAGUGGGCCUGUCUUGCCACAAGCACAGUCAUUAAUGACCUCCAUCCACGUACCAUUGAUCUUCCUGGAAAAGUACCUUUUAAGGCAAAUGAAGCAGAUCUAGCGGUACUUAAGGAUGGCUAUACAACAGAUGACAUUGAAUUUUACUGGCGUGGGGGUGAUAAUGCAGUCACAGGAGUGACAAAGAUCGAACUGCCACAGUUCUCCAUUGUAGACUACAAGCUUAUCACCAAGAAUGUUGUUUUCUCUACAGGUGCCUAUCCAAGACUGUCUCUCAGCUUUAAACUUAAGAGAAACAUUGGUUACUUCAUUCUGCAGACCUACAUGCCUUCUAUUCUGAUCACUAUCCUGUCCUGGGUUUCCUUCUGGAUUAAUUAUGAUGCUUCAGCUGCAAGAGUUGCUUUAGGAAUCACAACUGUACUCACAAUGACAACAAUUAACACCCAUCUUCGAGAGACUCUUCCCAAAAUUCCAUAUGUGAAAGCCAUUGAUAUGUACCUUAUGGGAUGUUUUGUCUUCGUUUUCAUGGCUCUGCUGGAGUACGCAUUGGUCAACUACAUCUUCUUUGGCAGGGGACCUCAGCGUCAAAAGAAAGCGGCAGAAAAAGCUGCCAGUGCCAACAAUGAGAAGUUGCGAAUGGAUGUCAAUAAGGACAGAAGAAUAAUUGGCACAUAUCAUUGUCCAGAAAUGUAUUCAACAAAGAUGGAUCCACACGAAAAUAUUUUGUUGAGCACACUUGAAAUUAAAAAUGAGAUGGCUGCCUCCGAGGCUGUGAUGGGGCUUGGGGACCCUAGAAGCACUAUGCUGGCGUAUGACACUUCAAGCAUCCAGUACCGGAAAGCUGGCUUACCCAGGCACAGCUUUGGUCGCAAUGCCCUGGAGCGACAUGUGGCACAGAAGAAAAGUAGGCUACGGAGACGUGCAUCUCAACUGAAAAUUACCAUUCCUGACUUGACUGAUGUAAAUGCCAUAGAUCGAUGGUCACGCAUUUUCUUCCCUGUUGUUUUUUCCUUCUUCAAUAUUGUUUAUUGGCUUUACUAUGUGAACUAAGAAACAAAGCCACACAGGGAGCAAGAACUGGAUUUCUCUUCAAAUCAGUUGUACAGCCAAAAGUGGGACUUAGAAAAAUUCUAUUCAGGACAAAAAGUUAUUUUAAAACACCUUAGUUGCUGGCCCACUCUAUGGUCUAUUUUUAUAAUGUUUUGGUUGUAUCUGCUAAAUCAUACAUAUAUUAAGUUGCAGUAUGGACAUAUCCCCUUACCAAAAUAUAAGUGCAUUUUGAGUGUGAAGGCAAAUUGGAUUUUGACAAUCACUUGUGUCUCAUUGUCCCUCAUUCUCUUUUUUUUUUUUUUUUUUUUUUUUAUAUGACCAUUUGAGUUUCAUGAUACAAAUCAUAGAGGGGCAUUUGAGUAACAAGUUCUACUUUCAACAGCAGUACAUACCAUUCCCAGGGAAACUGCAUAUCCAAGACAUGCAUCUACACUUAAGAGAGUGCACUAAGUUGUUACACGCUUAUGAAACAUACACACUCUAUCUUUUAAAUGUGUAAACUUGAAAACAAGUAGUGCCUAUCAUCUUUCCAGGAUGAUGACGGUCAGAGGUUUCCCAACCAUUUUCAGGUAUUUCCUAUUAUUUAUUGAAAGAAGUAAACCUUUGACUGAUAAUAUUAGGG